AUGAAGCGCAAGACGGAUCAAAGAGGCUCACUCGACGGCAAUGCCUUGCCUGAUUCCAAGAAACGGGCAUUGUCCAGCGAGGAAGCCGCCUCGCGCUUCCGGGACGGUCUGUUCGACCCGGCCGAGCAGAAGAAGUACACCGACGCAUAUACCUCCUCCUCCCCGUAUCUCCACGGAGUGAUGUGUCCUCUGAUAGAACCCACAUUGCUGCGCUCCGUCCGUGAGGAGAUCCAAGAGCACCUGUCCUUCACCGAGAAGGAGACCGACAUCUACAAGAUCUUCCAAUCGGGCGAUCUGGCAAACCUGGAUGGCCUCGACGACGCCUCGCUGUCACGCCUGCCAUCGCUCUUGAAGCUUCGCGACGCCAUGUACUCUGGACGGUUCCGGGAGUACCUAUCUUCAGUGACCGGGUCCGGCCCGCUGAGUGGUCGCAAGACCGACAUGGCUAUCAACGUCUACACCGAGGGAUGCCACCUCCUGUGCCAUGAUGACGUGAUUGGCAGUCGGCGUCUCAGCUAUAUUUUGUAUCUGACGGACCCGGAUACGCCCUGGCAAGCCGAAUGGGGCGGUGCGCUGCGCCUGUACCCGACCAAAACCGAGAAGGAUGCCAAGGGCGAGGAUGUGAAAAUCCCCAGCCCGGACUUCAGUCUCUCGAUCCCGCCUGCCUUCAACCAGCUCAGUUUUUUCACCGUCCAGCCCGGUGAGAGUUUCCAUGAUGUCGAGGAAGUCUACCACGCCCGCGAAGGCGAUGACAAGACCAAGAAACGAGUGCGCAUGGCAAUCAGCGGGUGGUUCCACAUCCCCCAAGAGGGCGAAGAUGGAUACGAAGAAGGCUUGGAGGAGAAGCUCGCCGAAAGGAGCAGUCUCGCUCAGCUCCAGGGCCGUGGCGACAUCUACGACCUGCCGCAGGAGCAGCCGGUUUCCUGGGAGGAGCCGGAGGUGGAGGGUAAAGGCAAGGGCAAAGUGGAGGAGCAGGCAGAGGGCAGUGAAUUCACUGAAUCUGACCUAAACUUCCUGCUGCAGUACAUUGCGCCGUCGUAUCUAACUCCAGACAUCGCCGAGGAAAUGUCAGAUGCGUUCUCCAACGAGUCUUCGCUCAGUCUGGAGCAUUUCUUGUCUGAGAAAUACGCUGCGCGCAUGCGUGCAUACAUUGAGGAGCAGGAGCAAAUGACCCUUCCCGCAUCCUCGGAUGAGAUCCACGCGGAGACCGGAUGGACCGUUGCUCGGCCGCCACACAAGCACCGGUACCUCUACCAGCAGCCAUCAGCCGAGAAGAAAGACAACCCAAUCCAGGAGUUGUUGAACGUUGUGUUCCCAUCCCAGGCCUUUCGCAAGUGGCUAGCGCUCAUUACGGGCGUGGAUCAUCUCACGAGGCACAACAUGCUUGCCCGACGCUUCCGGCGAGGCGCAGACUACACGCUCGCCAGCGGGUAUGAUGGCGAAGCACCUCGGCUGGAGUUCACGCUCUGUCUGACACCGACCCCUGGUUGGGAGAAGCAAGAAGAGGAAGAAGCGGAUGGAGAGAAGGGAGAGAAUGGCGAAUCUAAGACCGCUUCCGCCAAGGCAAACCCCAAGAAAGCCAACGGCGAGACUUCUUCAACUGAGGACCCCGCCGUCGGCGGCUACGAGAUUUACAUGGCUGGCGAUGACGAGGAAGAUGAGCUGGAAGAAGAGGACGCCGAGAACGCGGACCAGGUCCUCAAGCCGAAGGCCAAGAAGUCCAAGGCUGAUCCGGCGAUCUACCGGUCCGCAGAUGCGGAUGAGGAUGAUGGUAUCCUCUUCAGCACGCAGGCAGGGUGGAAUCGGUUGAGCAUUGUUCUGCGUGAUCGCGGCACGCUUCGGUUUGUCAAGUACGUGAGUGCGGCGGCCCAGGGGGAUCGCUGGGAUAUUACUGGUGAGAUUGAUGUUGAAUUUGAGGAUGAUGACGAUGAAGAUGGGGAUGGCGAUGACGAUGGCGAUGAAGAAGAGGAGGAUGAAGGCGAGGAUUUCGAAGAUGAGGAUGAUGAUGAUGAGUAG